AUGCUGUCAAGCUUCAGCGAGGAGAGCAGGCUUCAGGUCAUAACCGAGACGCUGCUGAAGCAUGGCCACAAAUAUGUGCGGGGCCGGUAUCGCAUGCCCGCGGAGCAGGAAGAGCAACGGGAAACGGCGCAGACGUACAAGUAUCGAAGGGUGGAUGAGCCAAGAGAUACCCGUGGCAAGCCGCUCGCGCUCGAGGACACGUUCCGGUCUAUACGAUAUCGAGAAUCUGCCAAGGAGGCGCUGUACCAGGAGUUCAAGGGUCUGAGCCAUUCGACUAUCAAGGCGGUGCUGGCAGAGUACAACUGGAGCUAUACACAGGCACGACCUACGCUGUUGGGACUGUCGAGCAGGAGUUGGAGAUCGAGCAUUACAAACUUCCUUAUGCGCCGGAAAGCGCCGACUGCGAAUGAUCAUCCACUGGUGAUCUGGGCUGCGGCUGAUCCGAGGACGAAUCGCCCACGGCUGCCUUUGCUUGUCAAGACCAAGAGCGAUGAACUGAACAGGGAGCUAUACGAGAGUCUGAUUGUGCCGGAGCAGGAGAAGCAAAGGAGGGAGCAGUUGCAGCAGGAUUUCGAACUCGCGAUGCAGUGGAAUGAAGAAGAGGCGGAGAAGGAAGGCGAAAUGUACGAUUGCGAGUGCUGCUUCAUCCCCAAUACGCUGCAGCAGAUGUCAGCUUGCGAUGCGGAUGGUCACUAUAUCUGCUUCCGUUGCAUACGGCAUUCCAUCAACGCUGCACUGUACGAUCAGGGCUGGGCGCGCAACAUCAACACCGAAGUCUGCACCCUGAAGUGUGUAGCUCCGAUGAUGGACGGAUCUGAAGACUGUAAAGGCUGCGUACCGCUUCCAUUCGUCAAGCGUGCUCUUUUGGAAGAGCAAGACGGCCAAGAUACUUUCGACAAGCUCGAUGAGCGAUUCGCCAACGAAGCACUCAUCAAGUCCCAACUUCCCCUCGUCCGUUGCCCGUUCUGCUCCUAUGCUGAACUCGACGACUUUUCGUGUAGAGACGGCGAUCUCUUUGCGAACUCUUCAUCUACAGCCAUGAUAAUCUCCCUUUCCCACUCCGCGGCCGCCGCUCUCCCCUUCUACACCCCCAUCCAAUCCGCCCUACGCCGCAUCCACCUCAAGCGCCGCGGCCUACGCUUCCAAUGCCUCUCACCCACCUGCUCCCGCGCCUCAUGCCUUACUUGCUCCGCCCCCUGGCACGACCCACACACCUGCUACUCCUCACAACUCACCUCUCUGCGCCUCACGCUCGAGCGCGCCACCACUGACGCCGUAAAACGCACCUGUCCGCAAUGCAACCUCGGCUUCGUCAAAUCCGAAGGCUGCAACAAGCUCGUGUGUCUGUGCGGUUACAGCAUGUGCUAUGUGUGCCGCGAGGGCCUGGCGGAUCAGGGGGUGGAGGAUGAGGAGAGGGUCGUGGGGAGGGCGAAGGAGAGGGCGGAGAGGGAGUGGUGGGAGAGUCAGGGGGAGGGGAAGAAGGAGGGGUUGGAGAAGGAGGUUAGGGGGAAGGGGAGUUGGGAUGCGUGGGUGGGGGAUGUACUUGAGAGCGUGUUUGUUUGA